AUGAAGGUCGAGCUCACGGGGCCCGCUGGCCGAGGUGUCCUCGACGAGUAUACGUGUAGCUAUGAUGCAGGUGGGGGUGGAACGAUGGAUUACGACACAUUGCAGAGCAUGGAGAUGCCCAUGCCCAUGCCCCACACUAGGAUCACAUCCCCAACAUGUGAGGAUCUCGGCAUUCCCCGCGAAAAUGACGUCAUUGAUGGACCAAUGCCACCCGCAUACUACAUUGGCGGGCAACCGAACAUGCACAUGCCAAACCUGAAAUAUGAACCAAAUCGUGUGGGUCCAAAUGACCCGUUUUCUCCAUUUUGUCAAAUUCCUCUGCCGCAUCCUUUCGGGCAAUAUGACUAUGGUCUGGAACCUGCUUUCAUACGGAAAAGGAACGAGAGGGAACGGGAGAGAGUGCGUUGUGUGAAUGAUGGCUACUCCCGUCUCCGCGACCACCUCCCGAUGGAGAACAAGGACAAGAGAAUAAGCAAAGUUGAGACGCUUCGUGCUGCAAUCAAAUACAUCAAAAGUCUUCAGGGUCUUUUGAACGAAACGCACAGUAAUCCGAAAAAGCGACCCGCCAAGGAUGAUAUAAAAGACAAUGAAAAUGAGGAAAACACGGAAUAUAAAAAGCCACCGGCUAAACGGAGAGCAUUACAGAAUAAAACGCCAUCGAAUUCAAAUUCAAAUUCAUAA